AUGUCCUCUACCGGAGUAGAGCGGAGCGGCGACGGAGCACCUAGAAGCCGGAAUGCGAAGCGGCAGCAGCGGGGCUCGGGAGAUGAGCUUGAUGCUUUCUCGGAGGAGCUUCGACAGCGGCCAGAAGUAAGCAGCAUCAACAAGAUUGCGGUCGUCAUGGCGUACAUCCUAAUGGGCUUGAAAGGUGUGAGCGCCCUUGCGCUUUUGUGGGCCACCGUCGUCCUCCUCGGCGGCUUCGUCUCCGAUCUGACCAAGACUGAUUUUUGGUACCUCACCAUCAUCGGAUUCGUGCAGGCUGCCGGGCUAUCUGACGCGAUGGGAGAUGCUCGCAUGGUGUCCUUUCGGGUUUGGAUAUCAAGUAUUUUCUAUGACAUCAUACGUACAGAAAGAAAGCAUCAUGAUGUACGUACUCAGUUGCCCAGGGAACAACGGCGGACGAGAGAAGCAUCAACAAUAGUGGAUCUCAUUCUAGAAUCAACAAUAGUGGAUCGCAUUCUGUUUGGGAUAUUUAUACCCGUGGUGUACUUGGCACUGUCUGGGCCAUUCUUGUGUGCUAUGCUAUCGGUGCUUCGUUUAGCAAAGCAAGACUAUGGCAUCGCCGACGGAGACACAAGUAAAGCAAACUUGAAGCCAGCACUCAACUUAUUCUAUUGUGUAUCUCUUGCUCAGGGCACAAUGUUCUUAUCGUGUACGGUGCUUGGCGCCGUUAUUAAUAGAAAGGCAUUGUCUAGUAUUGCUCAAAACCAUGGUCUCAGUCCUACGGUACUUCGUGCAUAUUCGCGCAAGACCAGUGAGAUGUGCCAAAACAACCCAGAGUCCAGAGUGAGUUGGAAUUUGAUCACCUAUGGUGCCGACUUGCUGGAUUCCCAAUGCCCGGAGGACUAUGCGUCUGGAGGAAGGGCACUAGUUAUGCUGAUUGAUCAGAGUACACCAUUACAGAUAAGACGGUUGUUGAUGAGGUCACCGAGACAAAGAAUUCAGAAGCUGAUUAGAACCCUUGCCUGGAGAAGCCCACAAGACCAAGAGAUGAGAUGGCUUGCAGCAAGGCUUGUGGAGCAUCUCGCUGCUGACCUCAACCUAGCUCACUUUCCAGGAGCACUGGAAUGUGUAUCCUCCCUCUUCGAUGAAGAUACACUCCUUUUAACAUUUGUACCUGGGCAGAGGGAGAAUGGUGAAGAAAUUGAUCGGGAUCUGGUUUUGCCAGGGUUGAGAAUUCUAGAGAACCUGGCCCACGACAGGCAUAACUGCACACUGAUAUACAACACCAAGGAUCUUCUUUCAAAAAUUGUUGCGCCUAUCAGCUCCAACGAAUUAAUAGAAGACAUCAAGAGCAGCACUGCAUGGACCAAGGUAUUACACAUGUCACUAAAAGUGGUGAGCCGGCUCAUGGGUUCUACAGGAACCACCGGAGAAGAGAUGCGCAACCUAAUCGCAAAUGAUAGCAAUGCAGUUAGUAAUUUGGAGGCCAUUCUUGACAUGGAUACCAAGAGCGGCAGCGGUGUCAUAGAGCUACAUGUGCAAGCUAUAGAGGUUCUUACACAAUUAGCCUUGCAUCAUCCAACAAGUUCUGCUACUAGGGGAAGAGAAAGACUUAUCAAGCAGGCGCUACACAUCUUUGUUACUGCGGAUUGGAUGAGAGAUUAUUUGGAAGAUGAGAAAAAGAAGAUCGACCAACCAACUCAACGUUCAAUGCUAGCACAGGGGAAAAAGAAGAUGAAAGAAGCUCAGGAAACUGCAAGCCGGCUUAAAGAAAAGGCUGGUGAAGCAUUGGCCAUGUUGUCAUGUGAUUCAGAGGCCAUCAAGAGCUUCACAGCAUGCAAAGAUGACGAAGUCUGUCGUCUUACUGAAUUGCUCGACUCCAAUAUCAAGACCAUCAAAUGCAAAAUAAGUGCAACAGAUACUAUGGAAAUAGAGAUCAAAAUUGGUUGUCGUAUUAGCGCAACAGUCAUCUUAAAGCAUUUGAGCAACUACAUCAAGGCACCAACCUUACGGAAGGUACUCACAGAGUUGCUUCCUGUAAAACAAGCGGAAGCGAGAGGUACACACAGAAUCCGGUGUUGGGAGCGUGUCACCCAUUACAAUUCAGGAAGUAGAAGUGACAUAGAAAAUCCAAGUGACGGUGGGGAAGGCAAGCCUUCCGCUUUACGGAGCCGCAACCAGCAAUGUGACGGGAGGAGGCUACAAGCAGAGCUGUUAUCACUCAUCACAAAGAUUCGUGCAAGCAACAAUCUUAAUUUUACAGAAAUCUUACUUUCUCAGACGCCGCCGAAUACCCUGGAAGACUUUGUGGUGAUGCUCAAGAAGAUGGUGGAGGACAACAUCUAUGCCACCCCUACAUGCCUGGCGAUACAGAAGCUCACCUGCGAGAUGGUUGAAGAAUUCCUCCAAGAUGAUGGAAACGUCGAAGUGAUUGACAAGCACGAUAUCAUUGGUACGUUACUGAAGGCUUCAAAAACAAUGGACCGGCUCGAGAGCAGCAUGCAUUUCACCGGCGUCUGUCAUGACUGUCAUGGGGUUCCUCUGAAGCCUCUCUCAUCCGUCCUCGCUAAACGGGCAGGAGAUCUUUUGACACGGAGGAAGCGCACUCUGGGUAUCAACAUUGCGCCUGCCGGUGUACCACUUCCCUGA